GCUAUAACCCGGUGGGUAAUUACCCAUUGCCAUCUUUACUCCGAACAAACCUCAAUAUCAUCAUCUCGUCCACUUCCACUCCGCGGUUCCACAUCUCGCAAAAAUUCAAACAAAUUUUGCGCUCUCAACACUGCGUCAAUCCGCUCCAAGCCAGCCCCGACCGGAGCAAUGGCUUCCGCCAAGGAGACCUAUCGCGCCGAGCUCCGCGCCGCCGCCCGCCAGCUUGGAGAGCGCUGCCUCUACUCCGCCGCUAAAUGGGCCGCCGAGCUGCUCGUCGGUGUAGAGCCGGAUGCGGCCCCGGUCCCGUCGGCCGUGAUGGACACCCCUUCCUCCUCGUCCGCGACCUCCGCGGGGCGGCUAUUGCACCUGCACCGUAGUGGGGGUUCCAGCUUCCGCCACCGCCCCCGCCCCGCUGGCGGCGGCACUAGCUCGGAGGCCGGGACCCCUCUCGGUGGCGUGUCGUACGUCAGCACGCCCAUCCCCGACGACGAUGCGUUCGAUUCGGGCGGCGACAAGUACCUGCUGGCCAAGACCUAUUUCGACUGUCGGGAGUACCGCCGCGCUGCGCAUGUGCUGCAGAAGCAGGUCGGGCGUAAGGCUGUGUUCCUGCGAUGCUACGCGCUCUACAUGGCUGGAGAGAAGCGGAAAGAGGCAGAGAUGAUAGAGCUUGAAGGAUCGUUGGGCAAGAGUAAUGCUGUUAAUCAGGAACUAAUUGCUUUGGAGAAAGAGCUCUCAACACAUAAAAGAACUGGAUCUAUUGAUUCGUUUGGACUCUACUUGUAUGGCAUUGUUCUACGUGAUAAAGGAUGUGAAGGUCUAGCUAGAACGAUCUUGGUAGAAUCUGUCAAUAGCUAUCCUUGGAACUGGAGUGCUUGGUCAGAGUUACAAUCUUUAUGUACCAGCAGUGACAUUUUAAACAAGUUAAAUCUGAAGAAUCACUGGAUGAAAGACUUCUUUCUUGCUAGUGCAUAUUUGGAACUAAAGAUGCAUGAAGAAGCUCUUAAAAGAUAUGAACGCUUGAUGGGGGUCUUCCGCUGCAGUGGUUACAUUCAGGCUCAAAUUGCAACAGUUCAGUACAGUAUGAGGGACCUUGAUGAAGCUGAGAUGAUUUUCGAAGAUCUGCUCAGGACUGAUCCUUUUCGUGUGGAUUCUAUGGAUAUUUACUCAAAUUUACUAUAUGCAAAAGAAAGCUUGACUGCUUUGAGUUUCCUUGCGCACAGAGUAUUUUUGACAGAUAAAUACCGCCCAGAAUCUUGCUGCAUAAUUGCAAAUUACUACAGUCUGAAGGGUCAGCAUGAGAAAUCAGUUUUGUACUUUCAAAGGGCACUAAAGCUUAAUCGAAAGUACCUCUCAGCUUGGACCCUGAUGGGGCAUGAGUAUGUUGAACUGAAGAAUACUCCUGCUGCAAUUGAUGCCUACAGAAGAGCUGUUGAUAUUAAUCCUAGAGAUUUCCGUGCUUGGUAUGGUCUUGGUCAAAUCUAUGAGAUGAUGGGGAUGCCGUUUUAUGCACUUCAUUACUUCCGGAAAUCGUCAUACUUGCAACCCAAUGAUGCUCGUCUCUGGAUUGCCAUGGCUCAGUGUUACGAAAGUGAUCCACUUCAAAUGAUUGAAGAAGCCAUCAAGUGCUAUGAGAGAGCUGCAGAUAGCAAUGACACUGAAGGAAUAGCACUUCACCAACUAGCAAAAUUGCAUGGAAUGCUGGGGCAAUCUGAGGAAGCUGCGUUCUACUACAAGAAGGAUUUAGAGAGAAUGGAGGUUGAGGAAAGGCAAGGCCAGAAUGUUGUUGAAGCUCUGCUGUUCCUUGCUAAGUAUAACAAGAGCAUAGGCAAGUUUGAGGAAGCAGAGGACUAUUGUACAAGGCUUUUGGAUUACACUGGCCCAGAGAAGGAGACUGCUAAAAAUCUGUUGCAAGGGAUAAAAAGGUUACAGUCAGGAUUUCCAUCAAUGAAUACUGAUCAUUUUGCACUGUAAACUGUAAAGUCCACCUGCAGAUAAGUUAUUUGGUUGGGAAAAUUGGACAGUAAGUGUGAAGAUAACAUUGCUUCCUUACUAUGUCCAUCUUGCAUUGCAUACAAGGAGGAAUUUCAGCUUUUUCAAGAAAACAUCUGUAGGGUAAGACUAGUCAUGAACUAGGGUAGUUGAGGUGGCACUCACCCGAUACAUGACUCGGCCUGUUUGUUUCAGAAGCUAGAAGUUGAAAUUACAGAAGUCAAUAGAAAAAAAAAAGGCAACAGCCAGAAUCCAAAAGCUAGAAAGCCAGCUUUGAGCCAAAAGCCCCAAAACUGCAGUUCAAACAAACAGGCCUUGAAGGAAAUGACUCUAAUGAGGGCUGCCCACCUGAAAGCUCAAUUGCAUAUAUCGAUUAGAAAUUACUUCCAAUCUUCCUUCACAGCGUGAUGGUUAUUGUUUGUAUCCUCGCUAUGUGACUCCAUACUGCUGGAUAUGAUGACCUACUGUGCAUGAUGCUUGCUUCUAGUUCCUGGAGCUUGGCAACAAGGAGAACCAGGCGCCUGCAUGGUGCGAAGAUGAGCGUCAUUGGAAUGAGCCAGAUCCCUAAUGCAAAUAUCAGCAUAGCUGCCUUGUCUGUGAGAGCUCUAAAUCUCUGUGGGCUUGGUUUCCUUCACCGGACAACUCUGGUUAGUGUUUUCCCCAUGGUUGCUUGCAUAUAUAAGCUUCCUUGGGAGACUUGCUUUGCCUUGUGUGCGAUCUGCAUGUUACAUUAUUGCUUGUCCAGUUGUCAUCACAGUAGUCCAUUGUCUUGCCUUGGCGUUUUGGAAAAGUAUUAAUCAUUUGCGAUUUUUUUUGUUUAAUAAAAAGCUACGUAGAUUGUAGGGCAAGGAUGUGGUAGUACUUUACACACUCUGCUUGAUGGAUCAUGGGAGUAUAGUAAAUCUGUUUACUGAUGCGUGAUGCAAGUUAUUUUAGCGAACGAUAUCAUCUACACGUGGGAAU